AUGCGGUUCUCAACUAUAACUCUCCUCUCCCUCGCAAGUCUGGCACUCGCCUCUCCCAUAGCAGCACCAAUUCCAAAAGCAGUCCUCACCCGCGACCAAGCCGAAAAAAGACAGACACCUCUCAACGCAUUCCUAGAUCUCCUCCUCGACUACCUCCCAGCCGUUGACGGAACCAUCAACGCCGUGGCCGGAAUCCUGACAACCUUCGAAUCAUUCCUAGCCGCCUUGACCGGCGAACAAACGACCUACAACGAGCUCGGAAACACUUGUAAACCAUACACCGUGAUCUUCGCCCGCGGUACCACGGAGCCUGGAAAUGUAGGCAUUCUCGUCGGUCCGCCGUUCUUGAAAGCCCUCGAUAUGGCUGCUGGAGCUGCGAAUGUGGUCGUUCAGGGUGUGAAUAACUAUGCGGCGGAUGUGCAGGGGUAUUUGGCUGGUGGUGAUGCUAAGGGGAGUGCGGAUAUGGCUGCUAAAAUCACCACUUUGAAAGCAAAAUGUCCUAAUACUAAAUUGAUCACUGCUGGCUAUUCUCAGGGUGGACAGAUUAUUCAUAAUGCUGCGAAAUUACUGCCAGCGGCGACUGCGCAGUGGAUUAGCAAGGUUAUUAUCUUUGGAGAUCCUUACAGCAAACAACCCGUAGCUAAUGUUGCUGAAUCUAAGAGGAAGACGUUUUGUAAUGCGGGUGAUAAUAUUUGUGUUAACGGACCUUUGAUUCUUUCUCCUCAUUUGUUGUAUGGAUUGAAUGCUGUUGAAGCGGCGAAAUUUGCUACUUCUUGA